AUGGUCAGAAUAGUCAACCUCGGAAGCUCCUUCUCCGCCGGCCCUGGAAUUCCUCCUCAGGUCAAUACUGCAGCAGGUCGUUCCGGCGCGAAUUUCGCACACCUACUGGCCAAACGUCUCGAUGCAGAUCUGACAGACUUGAGCGUAUCUGGCGCCACACUCCUCAACAUAACGGAAACACCACAAGUCGCUGGCGAUCGAACAUUUGAACCUCAAAUCCAAGGUGUUCCUGCAGAUGCCGAUAUCGUGCUUGUCCUCGGUGGAGGCAACGAUAUGUCUUAUGUGGGAGGUCUGUUCAUGGAGCAUACAUGGAUGAUGACAGCGUUUUCUCUGAUGAACCGACUCAAGGGUGUCUCGUCACCAAACAUGCCACCUCCUACCGACAAAGAGGAAGUCAUCAGACGUUAUGGCAGAGUUCUGGACGCCAUUCACGCCAAAGCUCCCAAGGCGCGAGUCAUCGUUGUCGAGUACCUGACCUUACUGGGACCAGACACGAAGCCUGUUAUCGACGUUCCCUCCAAUGCUGAGAGAUUGAAGCAUCAUCGAGCAGUUGCAGCGGAACUCCAGAGCGCCACUAGCAAAGCCGUCGAGUCCAGAGCAGACUGGUGUGAGCUCAUACCCAUGGCCGAGCUGAGCCAAGGUCAUGGUAUUGGCAGUGCAGAGCCAUGGGUGUUUGGCUGCACAGCAAUGGAACAACUAACGGGAAAGACCUGGUAUCAUCCCAAUGGUGAGGGAAUGAAGGCAGUUGCAAACGUUCUAUACGAAUGCAUUCACGAGCACUAA